AUGGAUUUAACAAUAUUUUCUGAGGUUGAAAAUCAUUCAAUCUACUAUAAUUUUUCAAAAAAUAAUACCCAGUUUUGGGCUUUUGAAAAUCAUUGUCAUCUGCCCUUGGCCAUGAUAUUUAUAUUAGCUCUAGCUUAUGGAGCUGUGAUAAUUCUUGGGGUCACUGGAAACUUGGCAUUAAUCAUAAUCAUCUUGAAACAAAAAGAGAUGAGAAAUGUUACCAACAUCCUGAUUGUGAACCUUUCCUUCUCAGACUUGCUUGUUGCCAUCAUGUGUCUCCCCUUCACAUUUGUCUAUACAAUAAUGGACCACUGGGUUUUUGGUGAAGCAAUGUGCAAGUUGAAUCCUUUUGUGCAAUGUGUUUCAAUCACUGUGUCCAUUUUCUCUCUGGUUCUCAUUGCUGUGGAACGACAUCAGCUAAUAAUCAACCCGCGAGGAUGGAGACCAAAUAACAGACAUGCUUACAUAGCCAUUGCUGUCAUUUGGCUCCUUGCUGUGGCUUCUUCUUUACCCUUCCUGAUCUAUCAAGUCUUGACUGAUGAACCUCUCCAGAACGUCACACUUGACGGGUUCAAGGACAAAUACGUAUGCUUUGAUAAAUUUCCGUCAGACUCUCAUAGGCUGUCUUAUACCACGCUCCUCUUGGUGCUGCAGUAUUUUGGCCCACUCUGUUUUAUAUUUAUUUGCUACUUCAAGAUAUAUAUACGCUUAAAAAGAAGAAACAACAUGAUGGACAAGAUGAGAGAUAAUAAGUACAGGUCCAGUGAAACCAAAAGAAUCAACAUCAUGCUGCUCUCCAUUGUGGUAGCGUUUGCAGUCUGCUGGCUGCCUCUCACCAUCUUCAACACUGUGUUUGAUUGGAACCAUCAUAUCAUUUCCACAUGCAACCACAAUCUCUUCUUCCUGCUCUGCCAUCUCACGGCCAUGAUCUCCACCUGUGUCAACCCCAUCUUUUAUGGAUUCCUGAACAAAAAUUUCCAGAGAGACUUGCAGUUCUUCUUUAACUUCUGUGAUUUCCGGUCUCGGGAUGAUGACUAUGAGACAAUAGCCAUGUCUACCAUGCACACUGAUGUGUCUAAGACUUCUCUGAAGCAAGCAAGCCCAGUCGCAUUUAAAAAAAUUAACAACGAUAAUGAUCUGAAACUGCUGUAGCAUGUGGUCUCAGCUGACACCUGUUUCAAAAAAGCACAACCUGAAACAUACUUUCAU